AUGGAAGAACCCAAAAUUGAGGAUUUGGGGUUUAUUUCAGUCCAGGCCGGGAGACCUGGCUUUAUGUUCCCGUCUGGGAAAUGCUUGAGUGAUUAUAAGAUGCAGAUUACUGCUGGGAUUGAAGUCCUUAGGCUUCUCACUGCUCCAGACUGGGCCACUCUAGUCCAAAUUGUUAGCUUUGGAAUCCAGUUUUUUUCACCAUUUAGUCUUUUGUUUCUCAUUAACUUUGAAGUUUCAGAAGACCUUUUAGCGGCUAAUUCCGGGCUUUUAAAGAAUUACGUUUUUGAAGAGUUGAUCGUUGGUGAUUUUUUUCCCUUCUGUGCGCAGAGGUUAGAACUUGCUAUGGCCGAGGGUUUGUGUGGCCCCAUUCUGGCUCCUUCACAUGCUUGCAGUGUUAAAUUGUGUUACGACAAGAGAAUGACCUAUAACGGAAAAAUGAAGCAGCCCGUGACCUCCAGCAGUUUCAGCAUUGCUCCCUUGGUUGGAACUUGUACUGCAAAGGUAAAUCGAGAGAUCAAUCCGAAGUACUUGCCUAGGACGGUUUACCCCAUUUUUUUCUCCAAAAUGCGUAGGAAUGACUCAGCCGACGUCUUGGAAUCUGAUCGGCACGAUCACUCUGCAUUUUCCCAGACGGACCACAACAUAGUUGCAGCCUACUUGAUUACGGCAGGUAUAAUAAGUAUUGUCAGCAAUAUAGUUGUACUGGGCAUCUUCGUUAAAUUCAAGGAGCUUCGGACGGCAACGAACGCGAUCAUCAUCAACCUGGCCGUCACUGACAUCGGUGUCAGUGGUAUCGGUUAUCCCAUGUCUGCUGCUUCAGACCUGCACGGAAGCUGGAAGUUUGGAUAUGCAGGAUGUCAGAUUUAUGCUGGCUUAAACAUCUUCUUUGGAAUGUCAAGUAUUGGCUUACUUACGGUAGUUGCCAUCGACCGUUACCUGACGAUCUGCAGACCCGUGAUAGGAAGAAAGAUGACUAGCUCCAAGUACACGGCAAUGAUCCUGGCGGCUUGGACGAACGGAUUCUUCUGGGCCUCGAUGCCCCUCUUAGGUUGGGCCAGCUACGCUUCCGAUCCAACUGGUGCCACCUGUACAAUAAACUGGAGGAAGAAUGACGCAUCUUUUAUUUCCUACACAAUGACAGUUAUUGCGGUAAAUUUUGCCCUGCCCUUCGUAAUAAUGUUUUACUGCUAUUAUAAUGUUUCCCAAACCAUGAAACAAUAUCCAGCUAGUAAAGCCCUCGAGAACCUCAGCAUUGACUGGUCAGAGCAAGUGGAUGUCACAAAGAUGUCUGUGGUGAUGAUUUUAAUGUUUCUGGUGGCCUGGUCUCCUUAUUCUAUUGUCUGCUUGUGGUCUUCAUUUGGGGAUCCGGAGAAGAUUUCUCCUGCAAUGGCCAUUAUGGCCCCACUGUUUGCAAAAUCAUCCACAUUCUAUAAUCCCUGCAUUUAUGUCGUGGCUAAUAAAAAGUUUCGGAGAGCGAUAUUGUCCAUGGUCCAGUGUCAGACUCAUCAGGAGAUAACUAUUACCAAUGUGUUGCCUAUGAAUAGAUCUCGAAGCCCACACUGACUUUGUGAAAGUUCUGAUCCUCACUGCGUUUAUUGACUUCACUUCCUUUGAAUCCAUUGUUUUUAAACUUGAUAAUGUCUCUGUUUAUUCUAUGAGCAGGCAAAA